AUGUCUCUAAGUCGUGAAGAUUCUGUCUAUUUAGCUAAGUUAGCUGAACAAGCUGAGCGUUAUGAAGAAAUGGUUGAAAAUAUGAAAGCUGUAGCUUCUGCCGGCCAAGAGUUAUCUGUUGAAGAACGUAACUUAUUAUCUGUUGCUUAUAAAAAUGUUAUUGGUGCUCGCCGUGCUUCCUGGAGAAUUGUUUCUUCUAUCGAACAAAAAGAAGAGGCCAAAGAAAAAUCUGAACAUCAAGUUUCCUUAAUCCGCACUUAUCGUUCUAAGAUUGAAAGUGAACUGACCAAGAUUUGUGACGAUAUUUUGGCUGUUUUGGAUACCCAUUUAAUUCCAACUGCAUCCACUGGCGAAUCUAAAGUUUUCUACUACAAGAUGAAAGGUGAUUAUCAUCGUUACCUGGCUGAAUUUUCUUCUGGCGAAUUAAGAGAGAAGGCCACAAAUUCUUCUUUGGAAGCUUACAAAGCCGCCUCUGCUAUUGCCACUACUGAAUUGCCACCAACCCAUCCUAUUAGGUUAGGUUUGGCCUUGAACUUUUCCGUCUUUUACUAUGAAAUUCAGAAUUCUCCAGACAAAGCUUGCCAUUUGGCUAAACAAGCCUUUGACGAUGCUAUUGCUGAAUUAGAUACAUUAUCUGAAGAGUCUUAUAAGGAUAGUACUUUGAUCAUGCAAUUGUUACGUGAUAAUUUAACCUUGUGGACCUCUGAUAUGACUGAAACUGAAUCCUCUCACCAACAACAGCAACAGCAACAACAACAACCACCUGCUGCUGUUGCUGCUGCUGCCGCUGGCGAACCAAGUGCUGCUGCCGAAGGCACUGCAACAGAAAACAAUACUGCUGCUGCCGAACCAACUGAGCAACACUAG